AUGAAAUUGGGUGUAACAGGUUUUAUUUAUUUUUUGAAACUCUCGUUAUUACUUCGAGGAAUUUUUGCAUCUUCUCUUGAAGAUGACGAAUGUACCGAAAGUGAAGAUCCAGACUAUACGGAUGAAAAUUCCAUUAUAUUGAGAACUUCCAACGAGAGAUACACACAAACUGCUACCAGCAUUGUUUAUGUAUACUCGCCCCAAACUUCCUUUAACUCGCUGAUGGGUCUGGGUCAUCCAACUACCAUACUAAUUGCCUCAACCCUUAUUGAGAUCCUCACUAUUACUCCAGCACUAGCUUAUGCAAAGGAAUCGUACAUGCUUUCAGAUAAGGAAACUACUGAUGUACCAACGAUUUCAAACAAACCUUUGUCACAAAUUAUUUCAAGGUGUUCUGGUUGUUCCACAAUAGCGAAUAAUAGUCAAAACAACAAUACAAAGACUAAUGAGCCAAUUUCAAAAUCUGAAAAUUCCUAUCCCUCUGUCACUUCACAUGGCAGCUCGACCACCGUAUCAUCAGCUGGCAUUACUUCAAUUAAAUUUCACUCUACAAGUCCCUCAAGCCAUACUAGUCCUACAAGCUCAAAUUACAAAUCUGUGACUUCCGAAGAGUCUUUAUCAAGAACAAGGUUGACUUAUUCAUGUGAUGCAAGCUUAUGUCUUUCCACGGAUUUCACUAAUAGUACCACAAGAAACGUGAAUGCCCUGUCAUGGGCAUCCCAGAAAUCUACAAAAUCCCCGAAAAAUAAAACAGAAGCUACCAGUAAAGACAAAAACGACAAGACUUCCUAUAUUAAAGCUUCUAUGACGUCCACUUUUGUUGCUACAACGUCAUAUCACUACUACGACUCUGCUGGCAUUAAACAGUCGCUCGAUGCCCCAAUUUUUUUAGCAUUGUUUCUACUUGACAUCAUUUCUUUUUGA